GUUUCCUCUGAGAUCGUUGAAAUCAAUCGGUUAUCGUACACCCCUCAAAGCCAGCCCUUCGUGAUCCUUGCAGUCUCAAUCAAUGGACUCGACUCAGCCUAAUCAUGAUCCUGCAAUGUCCCAACAAGCACAAGGCCCUGUAGACACACAACAGUCUGCACAGAACCAGCCCUCUGCUGUCGAUGCCUCAGUCGCAGUCGCAGAAUCUCUUUCCUCUCAGCUGCAGGAUAGAUACAACCAGAACCAGCUCGUCAGCAUUCUCCGCAACCUACCACCCGUUCUGUUCUCCAAGUUGACAGAACAAGGCGCUCUUAAAGAGGAUGCUGCUCAAACACUCUCAAAUCUUUCGCAGGCUGGCUAUAUAAAUCCUCAGCCUCCCCAUGGCCAGCAUCAACUACAACCUACCGCACACCAACUACCCGUCUCGCAGCAUCCUUAUCCACCUCAGGUACAUCACCCUGUGCACCAUCAGCAAGGAGUACCUGGAUUAAGCGACCCAGGCCCAUCGUCGCACCCUCGUGGCCCCCCAAACCUGGGUCAACUUUCCGCCAUUGCCUCUGCUGUCGGCGCUGCUGUCGGCCCACAAGCGCCUCCAGUGCCUCAGGUUGGGCCGCAUGGACAGGAAACAGAAGAAGGUCUCACUGAUGCAGAAGAAAAUGGGGCUCAGCAAUCUACAGAUGGCCUCCCGGGAGGUGCACCUCCCCCUGGCGGGAGAUCUCGAACUGCGAGAAGUGCGACGAUGGGAACGGAUGAAUGGACUCGACAAAGGAAGGAUAACCAUAAAGAGGUCGAACGUCGCCGUAGGGGGAAUAUCAAUGAGGGAAUCAACGAGCUUGGGCGUAUCGUGCCUAACAGUUCAGGGGAGAAGGCAAAAGGAGCUAUACUGUCCCGUGCAGUCCAAUACAUCCACCACUUGAAGGAAAACGAAGCGAGAAAUAUCGAGAAAUGGACACUGGAGAAACUGCUGAUGGAUCAAGCGAUGGGGGACUUGCAGGCGCAGCUUGAGGAAAUGCGGAGAUUAUGGGACGAGGAACGUAUAGCGAGACAAAGAGCAGAUGGCGAGCUUAAUGAGCUAAGACGACUCCAACAACAAAACCAGGUGGCUCAAGUAAAUGCGACAUCGGCCGGCGGGGUACCUGGGUUCAGAUCUCGUUCGCGGUCUGCGGAUCGCGGUAAGGAAAGCGGGUCACCGAAAAGAAACGUUCUAGGCGAGAGUGAGGUACGCACCGAAGUAGAGGGAAUCUCAGAAGGAGACGAGGCGAUCAAACAACAGGAGGACGGAGAUAAUCGACCUGGAAAACGGCCUCGAAUGGAGUGAUGGGAAGGUCUUGGAAACAUUUGGGUUGUCACUGUUAUCGAUAUCGGGCUACCUUUGGGUAUCGUGAAACUGUUUCUAUUGCUGUCUAUUAUUACUUUUUGCUGAUUGGCUUUGGUGGUUAUCCCUAUUCGCUUCGGUCUUGCAUUCGUGCAUACGAGUACCCAUUGUAAUUUUACGCAGGUCCCAGUAUGAUAAGGCCUUUGAAAUGAGUGCCG